AUGUUCCAAUAUACCUUCCAAAAACGCGCUGUCUCUAGCACCAGGAGGUUCCUCUCGAAACAGCGAUGCCUUCCCGCGGCCUACUACCGCGGCGGCACUUCGCGCGCCGUCAUUUUUAAUCAAGCCGACUUGCCUCCUCGGUCUGAAUGGGACGAUAUCUUCCGCAAGGUCAUCGGUAGUCCCGAUCCGUAUGGUCGACAGCUUGAUGGCUUAGGGGGGGGCAUCUCCAGCCUCUCCAAGGUGUGCGUGGUGGGGUCUUCCACACACCCCGACGCUGACGUUGAUUAUACAUUCGUCUCUCUGGGGGUUAAAAAUACCGAUGUCGAUUACUCGAGUAAUUGUGGCAAUAUGAUCAGUGCGAUCGGUCCAUUCGCCAUUGACCAAAAGCUUGUCUCUGCACAGACUUCGGACUCGGCGACCGUCCGUAUCCACAACACCAAUACUGGCAAGAUCAUUACUGCCACCUUCCCCGUUGUGGAUGGAGAAGCUGCAAGUACAGGCGAUUUUUCUAUCGAUGGCGUCGCUGGGACGGCCGCCCGGAUUCAGUUGGAUUUCGUCAACCCAGCAGGCUCUGUCACCGGGAAGCUAUUGCCAACUGGUAACGCGCAUGAUGAAUUCGAUGGCGUCCCAGCCACCUGUAUUGAUGUCGCCAAUCCAUGCGUGUUUGUCAGAGCAACCGAUCUUGGCGUCCGGGGUGACCUCACGCCGGACGAGAUCACAGCUCACCCAACCCUUCUCCAGCGCUUGGAUUCAAUUCGGUGCCAGGCAGGAGUCAAGAUGGGUAUAGCACAGACAGUCGACAAAGUCCCGGGCAGCAUUCCUAAGGUUUGCAUGGUAUCCUCACCCGAGUCUGUCAAUAAGAAUGAGCCUGUGGAUCUACUUGUACGGGCUAUCUCAGUUGGACAGCCGCAUAAGGCCGUGCCAAUCACCGUUGCGCUAGCUGUCUCCUCCGCUGCGCGCGUGGGUGGCAGCAUUGUCGAAGCUGUAGUCAGCGAGGCAAAAGUCAGUGAUGCCGGUCUUACAAUUGGCCAUGCAAGCGGCAAUCUGCUAGUUGGGGCUCAAUUCGAUAGAGACGAGUUGACCGCAGCGACUGUGUUUCGCACUGCCCGUAGGUUAUUUGAUGGGAAGAUCUAUUGGAAGAAUUAG